AUGGAGAGCUCAGGGAUUACUUCAAUAAGGCCGCUGGUGACAAAUACAAGAAUAAUGUUUGGGCUCCUUCCCGGUCUGGGAUCUUUAAUAAUUCUUCGUAUGGCCAUUCAUCUUUAUCGGCCGGAGCUUGAAGAUACUGAACACAGAGUACGGGACUAUCCUUUUGAUCAACUCUACGACUGUUACGAUUUUAUUAUUGUUGGUGGGGGCUCUGCAGGUUCGGUCCUCGCCAAUCGUCUGUCAGAAAACCCGGACUGGAAUAUUUUAUUAUUAGAAGCUGGUCAGGAUGAGAAUGUACUUUCCGAAGUGCCAGUGCUCUUUCCUGUUCUACAAACCUCGUCUAUAGACUGGAAAUUUGUUACUGAACCAAGUAGUGAUUAUUGCUUAAGCAUGAUUGGUAAUCGAUGUAAAUGGCCAAGAGGUAAAGUGUUAGGAGGUUCAAGUGCUAUAAAUGCUAUGCUGUAUAUAAGAGGAAAUAGACACGAUUAUGAUAAUUGGGCUAAAAUGGGCAACACGGGCUGGUCUUAUGCUGAAAUAUUAAAAUACUUUUUAAAGGCUGAAGACAUGAGAAUACCCGAAUAUCAAAAUGACCCAUAUCAUUCCGUUGGAGGACCUCUGACAAUAGAGCAUUUCAGAUUUGAACAGCCAAUCACAAAAAAAAUUUUAGAAGCUGCUCAACAGCUAGGUUAUGGUGUAUUGGAUGUUAACGGCAAAUAUCAAACGGGUUUCACAAGAUCACAUGCAACAGUGAGAGAUGGACUUCGCUGCAGUACAGCUAAAGCUUAUCUAAGACCAGCAUCGAAGCGGCAAAAUCUUCAUAUAAGUGUGCAUUCAAUAGUUGAAAAGGUACUCAUAGACGAAAACAAAAACGCUUAUGGUGUAAAAUUUACAAAGCACGGCAAGACUCGAAUAAUAAAGACUUCUAAAGAGGUGAUACUUUCGGCUGGCGCAAUCCAAUCUCCGCAGCUAUUAAUGCUAUCAGGAAUUGGUGACGUCAAAGAGUUGAAAGAGGUUGGCAUUUUUCCAAUAGUGCAUUUACCUGGUGUGGGAAAAAACUUACAAGAUCAUGUAGCUAUUGGUGGACAUUCCUACCUAUUCGACAACCCUCUUAUAAACGGAUCGGAUUAUUGUUUUAACCUUAAUACAGUAUUCUCUAUAAGCAGUUUAACUGAUUUUGUUUUUCAAAAAGUUGGACCAUUAUAUAGUAUGAUGGAAGCAGAGGCUAUGGCGUUUAUAAAUACAAAAUAUCAAGAUCCGUUACAGGAUUAUCCAGAUAUUCAAUUAUUUAUUGCACCUACUGCUGAUAAUAUGGAUGGAGGCUUAUUUGGUAAGCGCGCAAAUGGUAUAACUGACGAAGUUUAUGCUGAAUUGUAUGAAGAUAUAUUAUACCAAUCAUCUUUUUCUAUAGUACCUCUUUUGCUAAGGCCUAAAAGUCGAGGAUUUAUAAAAUUAAGAGACUCCAAUCCAUUUUCCCCACCGCGCAUUUAUCCUAAUUAUUACUCUGAACCAGAAGAUAUUCUCAGAGUGAUCGAGGGUGCAAGAUUUGUUCAAGAGUUAGUAGAGCAACCAGCGUUACAAGAACUGAAUACUAGACCUAAUCCAAACCGAAAUCCGGGAUGUAAGGACUACGAAUUGAUGUCGGAUGAACACCUGGAGUGUCAAGCCAGACAUCAUAGCCUUACCAUCUAUCACCCAGUGGGUACCUGCGCCAUGGGGCCUAUGCACAACUUAGAAGCAGUGGUUGAUCCGAGAUUACGAGUAUACGGUAUCCAAAGUCUUAGAGUGGUUGACGGAAGUAUAAUGCCCAACAUAGUAAGUGGAAACACUAACGCCCCAAUUAUCAUGAUAGCAGAAAAGGCAUCGGAUAUGAUAAAAGAAGACUGGGCAGAAGACAAAACAGGCGUACACUGUUCUGUAAGAAAUUAUAAAAGAGCCGAUGAUGAACCUCAAACAGAAAGAAAUAACAGUGUUGUACAUGAUUUAUUUAACGAGACGGCAAACCUUUUUGAUUAUUUAUCCGACAAAGAUCCAUUAUCUCUCCCCUCAGACAAGCCGGAAGCUUCAACUACAACAGAAAGGAGUUAUGAUAGACAGAUCGCUAUAUCAAAGAAAAAGACAUAUACACCCUAUUCGACGCUCCAGGAUUACGAACCUAUGAAUCCUCAAUAUAUCUAUCCGUAUAAUUGGUUCAGUCAAUAUACACCAAAUUACCUUUGGCCUAAUCAUUUGGAUUUGGAGCCGAGUUACAGCAAUGAAAUAAAUGCAGUAGGAGAUAGUCCAAUAUCCAAUAACCCAUUGGAAUACAUUUCUCAACCUUGUAAUAAGAUAAUAAUUAAAAAAUCGUACCAUUUUAAUUAUGGUAACCAUAGGAAAAAUCAUUGUAAAUUGUGGCUUUAUUUUGAUGGAAUGAAUUAUAGAGUCCAUUUGUAA